GAAUUCAAGUUGAGCAGGAUUCAAGUUAAACUCACGUUGACAAGGUUAUAUGAUUUAAAUUCUAUUCAUAGUGUUGUUUAAGAACUAGGCCAGCCCAUACAAAUAGCACAUUUAUACAGAACAUUUUUAUUUUAAAAACGAAAAAAGAAAAAAGAAAAAAACAAAGAAAAAUGGAUGAGGUGUAUCCAAACGUACAAACUUACCCUUUUUUACUUUCAAUGGAUGAACCAUUUUUCCUUCGCAAGGGACCUUUCCACAAAGAUCAUAGCCUUACACAAACUGGACCACAAUUUUGUCACAAAAUAGGGGCAGCAAAGGUGAGAUGAGAUCCCAGAUGUUAAAAGAUAGAGCACUCCGCCGAGAUGAGAUCCCAGAAGUCAAAAGAUAGAGUACUCCGCCGAAAUUGCCCAUCCCUGCCGGAGUACUGAUGCUUAUCUGUCUUCCAUCAUUUCUCACAAACCCCUUCCCAUCUCUCCAUUCUAUAAUCCAUGGCCGUGACUCCUUCGGUGCAGUACCUGGGUACCACCAUCGGCUCAUCUGACCCUCCUUCGCUACCCCAAUUAAAUUCAAAUGGUCUAGCUACAGGACCACCAACCCAUCACCCGUUCAUCACCUCAGCACGCAUGGGGCCAUUUUUCAUUCCAAUAUCACGUCAUUCUCUACUGUUUUUUUAUCUCCAUAUUGUCAAUUCACUCUUCCUUUUUCUCUCUCUGGUGUCGAAUAAGUGUUCUUUUGCGUUACCCGUCUUCUCCUUUUCAGUGGAGUACACGUGGAGAUCAUCUGACCCUUGGGUUUGUCUUGGCUGAAGAACGUGGCACUAGGUGGUAUUUUGGUAUCAGUGUCAGUAACUGCACUUUGUUUUUUGGAAACCAACACAAAAUCACGGGACUGAUAAUGGGUUUUGUCCUCUUCCUUUUCUUCUCCCAGUACUGCUCUUUAUGAGAAUCUUCCUUUAAGGGGUUUUGGUUACUUUUACAUACAGAGGGUUCACGAGAGUACUCCAAUCAUCCCAGCACCAACUCAUCCACGAGUUCAAAAAAGGGAAGGGGGAUAAGGAGAGAGAUUGGAUUUGUAUCAUUGUAUAUAUAUAUAUAUGUAUAGUCUUUCUUACACCUUUGUCUUCAAGAAGAAGAAGAAGAAAGAAAUGCAGGAGUCUGAGUUACCUGCCCAUGCAAUUUCAGAAGCUGAAUCUGAAGACACCGUUGAUCGGUUCCAUGAGUCUCUCCAAGAGCUUAGACAGUUGCGUUCCCAGCUUCAUAAAGCUGCGGAUUGCUGCGAAACAACUUUCUUGAAUACCAAACAAAAGAAAGUUCUUGUGGAAAACACAAAAGAGUACAUAUGCAGGGCUGUAGUGACGGUAGUUGAUCAUCUUGGAUGUGUCUCAAAUAAUCUGGAUUACCUGCUGUUUAAGAACAAUUCAUCCUCGGAAACCGAACUCCGAAUCGGCUGCUUGAAGCAAAGGCUUCUUACAUGCCAACAAUAUGUUCACAAGCUUGCUCUAACCCAAGUGCGAUGGAACCCGAAUUUGCAGAGAUAUAGCCAUCGCUACAUAUCACCACCUCUGCCAGACGUUGAGAGGUCAAAUGGAUGUUUAAGGGAAUCUUAUCAGACAGCUGCUGCUAAAACCACAAAGAAGCAAGAAUUUAAGGCAGAGGGGGUGCCACUCUUCUUGUACACAAGCGCCCACAAGCCAUCUCUAGCUAGAAAAUCACCACCAGAGACUGAUGCCAAGAAAACUGAUCAUACCAAUUCAACUUCAGUAUUGCCUGUUCGUGAAGGCCUACCCAUUCUAUCAAAGCAGCAAAAUCCUCCUUUUCAUUUCCAGUUAAAUCACAAGCUCAGACGAAAAAAGCUAAAAUUAGUGCGGAACAAUGACAUCCUGUCACUCAUCCGACGCAGCAAACGAGCUGCUGAAUUGCUUAAAGGACUCCAUUUAGAUCAUUAGAUUUUCUCUUCAUAAAGAAUUUUCUUUGCUUUUUGGGAGGUUGAGGGUGCUUCUGCCUUUGUAUUUUAUGAAUUGAUGUGUGGGUGUAGAAUGAAGUUCAGUAUCAAUUUUAUGUGAUACUGAGAAUUAAUCACUUUCUUUCUAAUUCUUAAACUCUCCAGAAAGUUGUGCCAGGAAUCA